AUGGAUACUGAUAUAGGAAAUCAUCCCGAAGAAUCAUCAUCGCAGCUUUGUGCUAUGCAAAUCGAUCUUCAACAUGUCAAUAAAAACAAACAUGCUAAACAGAUGUUUGAUGCCGAAGCCAUUGGUUUGCAUGCACUUCAAGAAGCCUAUGGAGAUUCAGUUCGUAUUCCUCUAUCGUUUGCAUCUGGAUAUCUUUCUCAAUUCGAUGAUAAUCAAGGAGGUUGGUUUCUUGCAGAAUUUGUAAAAAUGAAGAAGAUCAGGACAAAAGACUCAAAUCUAAAAGACUGUCAAUUCGCUCAAGUAUUAGCAAAAAUGCAUCAGAUUUCAGCCGAAACUCAUUCACGUUCUUUACACAGUGGUCAAUACGGAUUUCAUACUAAUAAUUUUUACAUACACACUGAACAAGAUAAUACUUGGCAAAACGAUUGGUCUCAUUUUUUUAUCGAACAACGUUUUAAACCUAUCAUACAAAGAAUGAAAAUUGAUCCUCAUUUGAUUGAUGAUCAUGAAAAGAAUAUGGAAUUGAUUCUUCUCUGUGAACGACUCAUUCCACAUAUACCCUCAUUUCUUGCUUCAUCAAAUCAAGUUCAACUUCGUCCUUGCCUUCUUCACGGUGAUCUGUCUAGUCAAAACUGGGCAUUAGAUAAACAAGAUCGUAUCGUUAUUUUUGAUGGUUCCCCUUUCUACGGUCCAUUCGAAGUGGAUAUCUUUACAAUGCCAGACGUAUUUAUUUCAGCAUAUUUUGAUGCUAUUGGUGGUCCUGUUGAAGGAUAUGAAAUACGUUUUGAACUUUAUAAUCUACUUAGAUUACUUAGAUCUAUUAUCGAUGCGGGUCUUGAUACAUGGCGACCAAUAGUCUUUCAAUCCCUGUCUAAACUGUUAACACAUUGUGGCGCAUGGACAUUACCUUUAUUUCGAUUUCCUUGUGGAGUUAAAACACCGGUUGAUAAAAUCAAAUUACCAUCAUCAACGAAUAGUACCAUACAAAAAAAGAACGUUGUUCUUCUUUAUGGUGGUGGUUUUUGUCCUAUUCAUUUAAAUCAUCUUGCAGUAAUGGAUUUCGUUGCAGAGACACUUGAAAAAUCACCCUACGAAUUUGAAAUUAUAGGUGGUUAUUUUUGUCCAUCAAGUCAAAAUUGGAUAGAAAAGAAACUACCAGAAAAUUAUUUACCUAAUGCGUAUAGAGAAGCGCUACUUAUGUUAUCUACUGAAGGUACACGAUGGAUGGUAGAUCGCAAUUACUCAUUAGUGAACACACACGCAAAAAAUAUUAUUAAAGCAAUUCAAAGUUCAUAUGGAACAGAUUUUGAGAUUACAGUUGUCCAUAUUUGUGGAAUAGAUGCCAUCCAGUAUAAUGGAGACAAAGUUUCUACACAAUAUCCACUGGUGAUAGUCGAUCGAUUGGGAUAUGAUGGAGAAAUUUUAUGGAAAGAGUAUAUUCAAACAGCAACAACAAAAAAUCGAGAAAGAUUAAUUUGGAUUUCACCUUGGAAGGGUGAAACGAGAAGUUCGACAAUGAUUCGAAAUCUUUUUACCAACUUAAAUGAUAAUAAUCAUAUUGAAACGCGUCAAAGUCUUCAAAAUCUUCUGACACCUUCUUGUAUUGAUUACAUUCUGGAGUAUAAGUUACAAAAAUGGUUUCAAUCUCAUAAAGUUUUAUGA